AUGUUUCCUUCUGAUUUCAGGAAUGAAACAGAACUUGGUUUUUUCGAUACAAAUUCGAGGGAUUCCGGUUUUGAAGAAAUCAACAAUCUAGAGGGCCUUGAAGAAGACGCUUUUUUGGAGGAGUUUGCUGAGAUUGCUUUUUCGAAAAGGCCUCAACUGCCCACUGACUUCAUCAACUUAAUUCAAAAGCCUAUUAUUACUGUUACUGUAAACCAGAAACCUACCUUCCGACGAGCUAUUUCUCACCAAGAAAAUGUCAGUCCCUUAAAAAAGAAGAUUUGCCAACGCGAUGAUAAUGACGACUCAAAAAAUUUUUUGAUAAGAAGGAAAAAGCUUACUAGAUUGUCGAAGACAGAGGAAUUUCAAAAUACCGUUCCUAGGGAUGACAAGGCUUUGAAGCCUUUUAAUUCAGAAGAAAUAAUUAAAACGGCCAUUCAAAGAUCUUGUUCAGAAGAUGAUCUAAUAGCUGACUUUAGCAAAAGUUGUUCUCUUCCAUUGACGACCUCCCGCCAUCAGGAUCUCAAAGCUAUUAAUAGCUCAACUUUAGAAAGACUGAUCAAUGGUGAAUUUAGUGAUAACAUUGGUUCUUUCAAAAUAAUCGACUGCAGGUAUCCCUACGAAUAUAAUGGUGGACACAUUAAAGGUGCUAUAAACAUCUAUACCCAUGAAGAUUGUUCAUCGUUGCUAGAAGCCAGUGAUAAGCCCAGUAUUUUAAUUUUCCAUUGUGAGUUUUCUGCUGAAAGGGGACCCAAUUUAUAUAGACAUUUACGUCACGAAGACAGAAAGAAGAAUGCCCACAUGUAUCCAUCUUUGUGUUUUCCUGAAAUGUAUAUCUUAGAAGGUGGUUACAAGCAAUUCUUUGAAAACAAUUCACAAAUGUGUUCACCAGUUUCAUAUACUCAAAUGCUACAUCCUGAGUAUACUAAGGAACUUACAUUUUAUCGCCAAACCUCAAGAACAUGGGACGCAGAUGUUAAGUGUUGUAAUAAAAAAAGUCUUAAAAGCAGAAACGGCAGGAAAAUAUUUUAGUGGUAAGGUUUUAUUUGUACAAAUCUUGUAAAUAUUACUAUUUAGUUUGUUGAUAAUUAGUGCAAUUUUUUAUUAAAGUGCAAUUGAUUCAAUAAUACCUUCAGUUUUGAUGGGUUUACAAAUAUUCCAAAGAUAGU